AUUAAUUAUAAAGUAGAGGUAAAGAAGAACGAGAAUAGUAGAGAGAUACUACUCCCCUAUAGACUACUUUAUAAUAUAUUAAGAGAGGAAUUCCUAAUACUUAAAAAGAUAUUUAAAAACCUCUUUAAUAAGGGAUUUAUCUGCGUUAAUAAUUCUUUAGCCGUAGUACUAAUCUUCUUUAUUCGAAAGCUAGGCGGAGGAUUACAAUUCUAUUAUAAUUACUGGGCUCUAAAUACUAUUAUAAGAAUUAACCGCUAUCCUUUACUAUUGAUUAAAGAAAUUUUCCGUAUUAUAGUUAAAGCGAAGUAG